GGAGAGAAGUAAAUAAACUACUAUAGAAGGUACUAUGUGGGUUUUCAAUAGAUCAAAAGGGGCAUCUGGGUUUUCCUAUUCCUCCACUGCUGAAGAAGUCACCGAUGAAAUCGACGGCUCCGGUCUCACCGCCAUUGUUACAGGAGCAUCAAGUGGUAUUGGUGCUGAAACUAGCCGUGUUCUAGCUCUGCGUGGAGUUCAUGUUAUCAUGGCUGUCAGGAAUAUAACUGCUGGAAAGGAUGUUAAAGAAGCAAUAGUAAAGGAAAUCCCAGCAGCUAAAGUUGAUAUAAUGGAGUUAGAUCUUAGCUCAUUGGCAUCAGUAAGGAAAUUUGCAGCUGACUUUAUAUCAUCAGAUCGCUCAUUGACCAUGGUAAUUAAUAACGCAGGGGUGGUGGGAAUUCCCUUUAUGCUUUCCAAAGAUAACAUAGAGCUGCAAUUUGCCACAAAUCAUCUAGGUCAUUUUCUUUUGACAAAUUUGUUGCUGGACAAGAUGAAGGAGACAACAUGUAAAACAAAGAGAGAGGGGAGGAUUGUCAAUGUUUCUUCAGUAGCUUAUUGUAUGUUCACAUAUCGUGAGGGAAUUCGCUUUGGCAAAAUUAAUGAUCCCAAAAGCUACUGUAGUUUUUGGGCAUAUGGACAGUCAAAGCUGGCCAACAUACUGCACACUUGUGAGCUCACAAGACGCUUAAAGGAAGAAGGAGUGGAAAUAACAGCAAAUUCACUUCAUCCUGGAACAAUCACAACCAAUAUGUUUCGUCAUUUGGGCUUUUUUGAUGGUCUUGUAAGCAAGUUUGGAAGGUUUAUUUUUAAAAACGUUCAACAGGGAGCAUCAACCACUUGCUAUGUUGCAUUGCAUCCACAAUUGAAGGGGAUAAGUGGUGAAUAUUUUUGUGACAACAAUUUGGCGACAACAACAGCUACUGCUAGAGAUAUGGAUUUAGCUAAAAGGCUCUGGGAUUUUAGUAUGGAUUUUGUCAAGUAACAUAUAACAUUUUGUACCAGUAAUAGAGAAAAAAUAACUUUGUAUUUAAUCGUUUGUGAUGCUUAUUUUUGUAUCAUAUCUUCCGCAAGG